CUUGAAGACAGACCGGUCGACAACCUCACUAUCGCCAGUCCAUCUACCAGCUCGCCAUCGCGAAAAGUUGUCAAGAUGCCGAGCCACAAGAGUUUCCGCACCAAGCAGAAGCUUGCCAAAGCCCAGAAGCAGAACCGUCCCAUCCCCCAGUGGAUUCGUCUGAGGACCGGUAACACCAUCAGAUACAACGCUAAGCGUAGGCACUGGCGCAAGACCCGUCUGGGUAUCUAAACAACUCGCAUCGUCACGAAUACACAUUCUCUCCGCCGCCCCUCCCCAAUAUCUUUCUCCCUUUUCGAUCGAGAUGUGCUCCGACCUGCAAUUGUUUUUCGUCCCACGGUGAUACCGCAUACCAUACAAAAAUGUCUCGCGACCUCGGCCGUUCUGCUUGUCAAUUAAAUUAAAUCAAUUUGGGCUAGUUGUCUGGGCUCUCGUUUCGUUUCAUUGAUCUGAGCCAUCCGUUGUCUUUUUCCUUCGAACCGCAAUCAACCAGGAAA